AUGUGCUGUCUGCAGCCAGACACCCACAACACAAUUCAACAGCCCAGCGAGAACAUUUUCCCCGACCACACUCCUCCACUGCUUAUGGAUGCUGUCCUAGAGGAUGACGAAUCCACUGUGGUCAGUAGCGAACGUGGGCUGCCAACCUACUUCGUGCCUUCGACCGUGGGCAUGGCUUGGCGACAGAGAAAUGCCGUUUACCAGACCGGCAUCACGGUCCAACUCGACAACGACCGUCGUCCAGGGCCGGGGUCGCUCGCUACAACCGAGGAGGAGCAACGACCCGUGAAAUCGCCGGUCUUGCCCGCCCGAGUUCUGAACCUGCGGGGAAUGGAAAACCUGCAAGGAUGCGAGCGGGCACCGCACCAAGGCGUGCCGCAUAAAAGCCGUACAUCCUCAGCCGGCGAGGACUUUGGUUCCUGGGCCCCGCAGGUUGGAGCCCACUCUAGUACCCAGGCCGGAGCCAAUCCAGGUUGGCCGGGAACCAGACUAAAGGCUGAGCCUUGGGCAAAUGGGCCCCGGGCGGCUGAACCCCGGGCGGUGGAGUUAGUGAGUAGACCUGCGGCCUUGUCCAGAGGUACCAUGCCGGCCAGCAGACAUUGCAUGCAAAUGUCAGGGCUCCCGCUGGCGGGAAGUAACACGCUUUGCCACGUCGCUGGAAGCAAGCCAGCCUCGUCGAACCCCAUGUGCUCGUUCGGCACUGAGCACCACCGUGUUGCUAGAGAACCGGCUAUGACCAGGAAGACCAUCAAACCGAGAAUUUCUUAG